UGCCUUGGCAUGGAACUAAAUGCAGUUAGAAAAGCUUUUGAAGAAUCGGGCCCUCCCCAGAGCGCGUGGAGGGCUAGAAGUAAACCCAAGGCAUAAUGUUGGGUCUAGUGAGUCAACAGACCGAACUGGAGAGAACCAAGAGAGAGACUUGAGUGGGCUCUUUGUGGAGGAUCCCACGGCAGAAACUUCACUUUUUUUUCAAGAAGGCCCUUGUGGAUUUCUUUUUUAAAAGAAAAAUCAUUGUGCAUCCUCUGUAGAGGUGAAAAAGGUCAGUGAUUCCGAGACAGCUCCACGGACUUUCCCGCGGCUUGCAUCAGGAUGUCUCUCAAGCUGCCACGGAACUGGGAUUUCGGCCUGAAAAUGGACCGGUCGAAAAUAGUUCGCUCCCAGAGUAUGAUGGCAGUCGAUCCCAAAGGGUCUGGGAACUGGGCCCACCACCCUCCCAGCCUGCAGGAGCGUCCCUUGAAGGCUGGUUGGCUGAAGAAGCAGCGCUCCAUCGUCAAGAACUGGCAGCAGAGGUACUUCGUCUUGAAAGGGCAGUGCCUGUCCUACUACAAGGAGGAGGAUGACCCCAAGCCUCAGGGUUUGGUGCAACUGCAUGGCAGCACAAUCAAGGAAGUCGCGGCCGCCCCGGACGAAGGCGGGAAGUUUAUCUUUGAAAUCAUCCCACGCAUCUCAGGAGAACAGAACCGAAGUGGGCAAGACUCCUACGUGCUGAUGGCUAGUUCCCAGGCAGACAUGGAGGAGUGGGUCAGAUUGCUCCGGAGGGCUGUGGGGUCUCCCUUAGGAGUGGUUUUUGGUCAACAGCUGGCAGAAACCAUGGCCUACGAGCAGCGCUUUGGGCAGUACCAGGUCCCCAUCUUGGUUGAGAAAUGUGCCGAGUUCAUCCGAAAGCACGGCCUGAACGAAGAGGGAAUCUUCCGGCUCCCCGGUCAAGACAACCUGGUGAAACAGCUGCGAGAUGCCUUUGAUGCUGGAGAGCGGCCCUCCUUUGACCAAGAUACAGAUGUGCACACGGUCGCCUCUUUGCUUAAACUUUACCUAAGGGAACUUCCGGAACCGGUCAUACCUUGCGCACAGUAUGAGGAUUUCCUGUUGUGUGGACAACUUCUGACAGCGGAUGAAGCAAAGGGUCACCAGCAGCUGGUGAAGCAGCUGGCGCUCUUGCCCCGGGACAAUUGCAACCUCCUCAGCUAUAUCUGCCGGUUCCUCCAUGAAAUCCAGCAGAACUCGAUCACCAACAAGAUGAGCGUAGAGAACCUGGCGACAGUGUUUGGCGUGAACCUCAUCAAGCCAAAGAUGGAGGAUCCCGUCACCAUAAUGAAAGGGACCCACCACAUCCAGAAAGUGAUGACCGUGAUGAUCAGCCAGCACACCAAGCUCUUCCCUGCGCUGAAAGAGGUGGUGCCUUCUCCACGUCUCCAGAAGAGCCAUUCCAAGAAAUCCUCCGUGCCACGCAGCGCAGUAGGUUGGGAUGCUGUCCAGGCACCGUGGACAUCCAGGACGGUGGACAGGACCAUUUGGGAAGCUGUGAGUGUCCAGAAAGAUGAUGCAGAACCUGCCAGUUCAAAACAUGCAAGCAGGACCGAUCCAUCAGCAGGAGAUAACGGGGAGAUUCCGCUCCAAGACGCUCCCGGAGGGUGGGCAGCGCAGUCUCGGAAAAGGACUCAGACGCUUCCCAACAGGACGUGUUUCCUGAACAUUCCUCCCAACAUAGGGAACCAAAGCAUGGAUGGGGAGGAUGUUUCCAGUCCUGGCUUGUGCUCCUCCUCCUCCUCCUCCUCUGUUGUCCAUCCCAACCCAGUUUCCUCCGUCAGUGGCCACAAAAGGACCUCAUCCUGUGGGCUUUCUAGGUUGCUCAAUUUCCCACAAACCUCAAACUCUGACCACAGCCAGAGUGCCGUGGAGGAAAGAAAGAAAGAGACUCCACCGAGGGAGAGCCCCUCGCCCCAGUUAAGUGGUCAUCUGGGGAAAAGUUUCCAAACCAGCGAAACUCCCAGCCCUAAGCUAAAUGGGGGCACAGCUCCAUACCCUCCUGCUGAAGGCAAAGGCUCUCCUUUAGAGGAUCCUGACUCACUUCAAAAGACAAUUGUGCAGCUGAGGAAAUCGCUGGAGUCACAGAAAAAUGACUACGAGAGACAAAUAAAGAGCCUCCAGGAGGAGAACUUCGAGGUCUGGACCAAAGUAGUGAGGUUAAAUGAAGAGCUUGAGAAAGAAAAGAAGAAAUUUGCAGAGCUGGAAGUUAAACUUGAGAGCAUCAGGCAUUUCAAGGAGGACUCUGAGAAGAUGAACCAUCUCCUGGAGGACUCCUUAAAAUCUGUGUGCCGGUUUGCAAGGAAAACAGAAGAGAAGGAGAAGGUUUCCCUCCCUGAGUGUAAGCUAACGCGCCCCAUUCCUAAGAAGGAUGAUUUUUCGAGCACAGUUGCCUAGGGCAAUUUCUAGAAUGGUUGCACGGAACUCAUGGUGGGUCAGACAGAACUCCAGAGGAUUCAUGAAAGCUGGUAUUUAAUUUUUUCCCUCUGGAGAUGCUGGAGAAGAACUGGAACCUCAGCCUCCAUCCCCACCCUGGGGUUUUCAUCCCAUGUGGGACUUGUUUUCUUGACAAAGGGCUCAGCCCUUUCUUAAAUCGGACUGAACUGUUCUGACUCCAUGGUCCUGAGUCAUGGGCGGGUGCUUUACUAGGGAGCAGGACCCUAGUUCAGCAUUCAGAUGGCCCCUGGUUGGAGCAAGACCUUCUGUGGGGAUGAUCUUGGGAGGCCCCAUGGUGCACCUUGCAAGCUUUUGGCUCCAGUUUGUGGACUCAGCAUCCCUCCCACUUCCCAGGAACCCAACGACCUUGCCUUGGCAGAUGGUGAACCCGUGGGUUACUUUUUCGAUUCUGUUUUAUUCCGAGCUUCUUUGCAACAGCUAGAAAUGGGUCAGGAGCGGUGCAGGAUGGAGGCUUGUUGGUGGCUCAGCCUUUUUGAACCCAAAGAAGCUCCUGCCUUGAACCUGCUCUCUUUCAUUCCUCCUCCUGCUGCUGCUCCAUCUUCUUGGGCGUUAUGGCAAAAGGCCCAUAAGAGCCAGGCUACCCCCUUGGCUUCCUUUUUGCUGGGUUUAUUUGGGAAUGGCUUCGUGGUGGAUCUACUUGGUAGCACCUACUCUUUAUCUCGGGUCAAAGCAAGUUGACACAGCAGAACAACCCUCAACAAGGAAACAUAGUUGUCUCUGAUCAUCCUUUCAGUUUUGCGUCCUUCGGGAGCUUCGUUAUGACACAGAUUGGAAUUCCCUGUUCUACGAGAACAUAGGCCUGUAGCUAUGAUGCAGGUAUCUUUUACCCGAAAAGGAUCUUUAGAAAAAUGGGUCCAUUCCAGGAACAGUUGUGGUCAAAUGCCUGUGAGGAGAAAGAAAGUUUCAUGGACUGGGAGAAUGUGAUGUGACGUUGAAAAGGUGUCACACGUGGUAUGUAGAGAUGAGAGGAAAUCAAGUGUUGCCCAGUAAUCAAAUGAAGCAUAUGUUACAGCUCUGAACAUUGAAUAAACCUUCAAAGGGAGGCUGUUGGCUAGAACUUUAAAUAAAGCAUGCGGGAAGAAUCAAA